UCAUUUGCAUAACCGAACGCGCUUCGUUCAGCAGAGUUCGAAAACAUUUGAAAACGAAGGAAAAAAAUGAUUGGUUUAUUUUGCUUUUCGUUAUUUUAUACGAGCAAUUGUCGGGCGUUCGAGGUGAAGAUGACAGCCAACGUCAUCCGGUGCCAACCUCCCCCGACGUCCAACCAGUUCGCUCUUUGGCCCUGUCACAAGAAACUCGGCUUGGACGUUCGGCUGGAUGACAAUUUAAAGUUUGGAGAGGAGGAGGAACGGGUGAUGAUCGACGCGGUCUACGAUGCGGAAGACGGCGUUGACCGGAGACUGGCCGAUACCUUAGUGUUCGUCUUACGCCAAGAGAAGAGCCAACUGAUUUAUCCUCUGCACUAUUUAUGGAGCGCCAACGCCAAAGCGGAAGAAGAGGUUUUCAACCAAGAAACUUUCCAGAAUUACACCGGAUGCCACGUGACCGAAUUGGUCGAAUCUCCGUGCAGAAGUCUACACUGGGGAGGGAAAUGGGAUCCCUUUCGUCGGGGAUUUUGUUGUUUCUGCCAAAGCCAGUCCGGUCGACAAGUAAGAGGAAAACAGGAUUGUGGUCGAAUCGAUUCGUCUAGCACCCAUUGUUUACGAUAUAACAGAGUCUGGUAUUUAGUGACGUCUCUAGGCCAACCGGAAAUUCGUAGAGCCGUCUAUCUCGAUAUUUACGCCAGAACGGAGACGUCCGCGGGUUCCACCGUCUGGAGGAGAGUGAUCGACGGACAACUGUCAGUGGGAAGCCGAACCACUCGGAGAAAGGAGAAAUCGUUGACCGUCGAAUAUUUUCCUCCCUCCCCGCCAGAAGACGCGCUCCGCCUCGAUAACCGUCGAUUGCUGAUACCCGCUCCCAGCCCCGAACUGGGCGCAGAAGAUAUACCUCCGCUUUUCCAGGAUGGUGCCGACGACUAUUUGCUGGUGCCCGAAUCCUCUCUAGACGAAUCGGGAACCUCCUGCGACAAAAUUGGCGUUUCGUACGAAGCCUUCUACCGGCAGAAGAACAAAUGCCUGAAAGCCCGAGGAUCAUGUCUGAAGAAUCAACCGUUGGACCUGUGGACUCGAGACAGGGCCAAACUGCGCGCCGGACUGAAGGGCGAUUAUCUUCUGCGCUUCUACGCCCAACCUUCGCGCCGGCCCCUCCUGGUGGACGGAGCCCGCCGACGUCACUGGUUGGCCCUGGAAAUGUCUGGAAAUUCUUCCGCUCGUCUGCGUCUAGAGAUGAACGCCGCCAACGUCAGCGUCCUGUCUCCGGGCCGUCGGGCCCAAAUAUCGUUCGUCGUCACCAAAUACUUUGGAAGAGUGCCGAUUAUCGUCGCGCUGGUCACCAACACGGGUCUGGCUCCGGCCUCUUUCUCCGUAUCCGCGACUGACUGUUCGUCCCGUACCUCCAGCGUCUCGGUCUCUCCCCAAUCCUCCAGAAGCGUCGUCCUGGACCUUUCUCUCGACUCGGCCCGGAUCUCGGAAUUCUCUUGUUCGGUGGAAGUGAGGUCGGUCCGAAGUGGACGGACGGUGGCCUCCAGAGAAGCGCUCUUCCGAAGAGGACGUUACUGUUCUUGCUAUCAGUAUUGUCGAUGUUCGUGCGGUGACGACGGCUUUCGGUGUCGUUCCAUCUCCCAGAAAGCGUUCGCUUCUUCCGGUUUUCGGGGUUCGCUUCCGGUGACGGCUGGUCGUCCGACGCCCCACUUCGCUAUUAGACUGAGAAUGGCGUCGGCGGUAAUCGUCGUCUUCCUGGUUCUAGGAUUAGCCAAGGAAAUUGUUAGGCUGACCCUGUGGCCGGCAGCCGGACACUUCGGCAUAAAGAGCUGUCUAUUUGGCAGGAGGAAGAUCGCCCGUUACUGGGAACCGGAGCUAAGGGAAGCCAGAGUAGUGUUCGAAGACGGACAUCCCGUUCACCCGGACACGAGAGAACGGGUUCGAACGAUAAGCUACCGAGCGGAGUCGGCGCUGAACCUGCUCUUCUUCUUCGUUUGGCCAUUUCUAUUGUUGCAUUCCAUCUACGUUACGGUGGUGGGAUGGAGGAGGGACCGAAAAGCUUAUUCGGAGGAACGACCAGAAUACAGAGAGGAGAAACUCUAUUUACGCCAGAGAUUUUCGGACGGAGAAAAACUGGCCAAUUCUCUUUCCAUGCGUAGUUACGUGGAGGCCAAAGCGCGAGUGGAAAGAAUGGCGAAAGAACUUUCGACUUCCAUUCGAUAAUGGCUGGCUUAAGAGAAUAAAUCCGAGUUUUCGUUCCCUUUAAAAUUUUCUUGGCUCUUCCGUCAUUUGGCAACGUUAAAAUAUCGCAAAUGAAAAUAGAGAAGAAUUUUACGGUCACCUUACGUUGUUUACCACCCUGGCAUCUUAAUUACUAAUACAGGUAUACCUGGCCUUACGUCGGUAAUUGGUUCCGGGAGAGGCGACCUAAGUCGAAUCUACUCGUCGCUAGGCUAAACCGUAAAUUACCAUUCCCG